CGUACCAUCUCUCUCUCUCUAAGUCGGCUUUCGUCCCUCCAUUAAAUUUUGGAGCAGACAGAGCAGAGCAGAACAGAGUCCUCCCUCGUCCUCCCUUCCUUCCUCCCUCAGCCUGUCAUGUCCCACUUCUUGUCCUCUCUACCUCCACUGCCAUAACAACUCUCUCCCUCUCUUUCUCUCAACACCCGAACCAGCACAGAGAGACAGAGAGACGAGUGAUGACCCUAUAAAGCCAACCCAACCCAUCAAUGGAUGGGCUCGAGUAGUCCCGGUCCUCCUCGCUGCUCAUGCCGAAUGGAUUCGAAGCGGCCUCUCACCCACUCAGCCUCCUCCUCCUCAUCCUCCUCGUCGGCCCCGGCCACUCCCAACACCAACGGCCCCAAGUUCGGACACGGAGAAAUCCACUUCGGGGACGUGGGCCCCGGCCUCCGGGCCAACCCGGGGGGCUCCAUCUCGUCGGGGACGCCGCCGAAGAAGGCGAGGGCGGCCGACGGCGGUGGCGCCCAGCAGCCGCCGAGGUGUCAGGUGGAGGGAUGCAAUGUGGAUCUGAGCGAGGCCAAGACCUAUUAUUCGAGGCACAAGGUGUGCGGGACGCAUUCCAAGUCGGCCACUGUCGUCGUUCGUGGCCUCGAGCAGAGGUUUUGCCAACAGUGUAGCAGGUUCCAUCAGCUUCAUGAAUUUGACCAAGGGAAAAGGAGUUGCCGCAGACGGUUGGCCGGUCAUAAUGAGCGCCGUAGGAAGCCACCUCCUGGAUCAUUACUCUCCUCUCGCCACAAUCGCUUCUCUUCCUGUAUUUAUGAUAACAGCACUGGAGGUGCAGGGUAUGUGAUAGACUACUGUGCAUAUCCGAGGCCUCCUCCGAGGGAAGCAUGGAUCGCUGCUCAAGCAUCCAAUCAGGGACCUGGAAAUCAGACCAACCCUGGCCGGGAAAAUCUCCAGUUACAUCCUCUGUGGCAGAGCAGUCCCGAAAAUCAUCAGUAUGACCCCUUCCUUCAAGGUCCGUCUCCUUCAGUGGGAGGCACCAGCUCUUCCGGUCCAGGGUUUUCUCCAGGAGACAGCUUUAACCCCAGCUGUGCUCUCUCUCUUCUGUCAAACCAACAAUCGGACUCUGCAAGUCAAGCAUCGGGUCCUGCACUUAACAGCGAUGUCCCAAGUCCUGAAGCCUCAGUUGGGGCUCAAGUAAUAAGUCCUCUUGAUGCUGUCUGCAAUUUUUCUAGCGCCUCAUGGACUUUGAAGGUGAAUGAGGCUCCCGGCAUUGCACCGGAUAUAGCCCCUGACCUUGGUUUAGUUCAUGUCUCACAGCCUCUCGAUGGUCCGUUCUCGAAUGGCCUCGAGUUCUCACUGCAGAGCAGGAGGCAGAACACGGACCAAGAUCAUUCUCAGGAUUACAACUCAACUCAGCAGAUGCACUGGUCGCUCUAAGCACCCAGUUCUGCAGAAUUUGCAAAAACGAAAGGAUAUUAAAGAAUUCGACAUGAUUCCUGCUUUCUGGAUUUAGCUCAUCUUGUAUCGACCUACCUUGUUUUUUCUGUUUAAGAACAAUGAGAUACAAUGUAAGGAAGUAAGAUGCUGGACCGUUCAGUCUUGUUCAACUGUCAUUUUGCUGCAACCGUUUCCAGUUCUAAUGCGAGCAGUCAAUUCUCUG